AUGAAGGCGUCAACUAACAUACGCCCGAGUGCGGAUGAGACGAUCGAAUGUUGGGACGAUGACGAGGAUCUACAAUUCAACGAGAACAUUCCAUUUCGCACUGCAUCUAGCGCUGGAUCGGUCACCAACUCAUUUCGGCCCUCCGGACACCGGGACUCUAUUUCCUCUUGGCGUUCCGCUCGCUCCGACCUUGAUUCCAACGUAGGAGAUGAGGAUUGGCAGGUCCCGCUACAUGACAAUGAUGAAUCUGCGAGAGAAGCCAUCGCCUCGGCUAAGAAUGCCGGUAUCCCUAUACCUGCCGACAUUCCCAAGUCGGCUCUCGUCGGUGGCAUGAUCAAGCGCUUGUCCACCCGAAAUGCGAACAAGGCCUUUGUGGAUGACUGGUCGGAAGAUGUGGAGCUUCCGGGACCUGACACAGUACUACAGCUCAAGACCCCGCAAGAUACGUUUUUUCCAGAGUCACUCCCACAGGUCAGCUCCGUCAUUACCAGCCCAGUGAAAUCAACUGCCUCACCUUCUUGGAAUGAGGAUAUAUCAACCCGCUUGCUAUCGGCGUCAGCCACCCUGGACAGAUUCCAAGAUGAGAAGGAUAGCCAUGGUGACCAAGAUAUCCCUACAAUCAAAGCUUCUGUCCCUCGGUCUCCGCUGAAAGCAAGCACGGCGAGCCCCGGACUGGGGCUCAAAUUGGAAGCGGAGAGCGACGAUUUUGACCAGGACCUUGAAUUGCCUCCAGACCACCAACCUCUUCGGCUGUCGCAUCGCAAAGACCACGCCCAGAUAUCGAGUCCUACUUUGGAUGAGAUUGACCUUGAAUGGUCCGAAGGCAGUAUUGGUGUACGAGUUGGGGGCACUGCGAGGGAUGGCCGUUCGAUCCCCAGCUCCUCGAUAUCCGUCGCCAGUCCAAGCGUUUCAAGCUGCAUAACAGCAGAGAGUGAUGAUGAUGGAUUUGAGGGCCUCAUCAUCCCCGAUGGGCCGCUAGAUUUCAAUAUCUCUUUGAAGAAACGCCGGGAAUUACAAUUUGACAACUCUGAUGAGGGAGGCGAGAGAAAAGCAGAACAGAGUUCUUCUGAAUCGGACGACUUUUUCUCCGGCCUUGAGAUCGACAGUGGAAAGGUCUUCGGUCCGGGAAGGUUGCCUCUAAAUCCUAAUGUCAAGUGCAAGACAGAAUGGCCGGCAAGUCCGACACGCCGAUCCGCCACAACGCUCACUUUCACCAAUACGGCAGGAUCUCCACGAACUCGCAUUCCUCGCCUGGCUAGCCAUGACCGGACACAUUCGACUCACCUUGAAACUGUCUCGGAGAGUGGUGCCCCCCUCUCCAAAUUCCGGAGAUCACAAUCACGUCUGGGACAUUCGUCUCAAUCGUCUGUUUCCAGUCUUCCAGCCUCUGGUACAGUUUCAACAUCGCCAACACCGGCAACCGCUGGACGCCGGCUUCUCGAGUCUCGGAUCCCCAGAGACACAGCUCUCGCUAGCGAUUCCAAGGCAUCCGGCAGGUAUCUGAAAACAAAACGAUCCCUACCAGCCAUCCGCGGAGCGCAGUCGGCUUCCUCGACACAGGCUUCUCAGCGGUUACCAGCUCAUUCGAAUGGCCCCUUCCUUCCUCUCUCUCAAAGGCCCAAUGCCCCAGUCGAGCGCAGCACGGGUGAUGGAAGACCGUCGGCUCGCAGACUACAGGCUCCUUUCUUUUCGGCUGGUGCAUCAGAAACCCAUUCUCAUAAUCCCAACGCGAAGAGCUACCGACCUGCUCGCCGUACAAACUCGGACAGCUCGGGUGGUCUACUCAGCCCACCAGGUACCUUUUCUCGGCGAUCGACUCGCCCUGAGCCUUCGCGAGCCAGUCUCGGCGAAACCAACGCGGGGCCCAUCGGCCCGACUUCCAAACGCACACUCACCCGGCCAACCCGGCGGCGUAAUUUCGGGGAUGGAACAGAACUGGAAUCAUUUGACGAUUUGCCUACCUCGGUCUCGGCAGAAAACAAAUUUGUUAAGAAUCCCGCCGGUCGAGGUGCUCCAAGAUCCGUUUACGCCAGAUCCAGUCAGAGCCGGUGUGAUCCCCCUCGACCGUCCCCCACACCAUUAUCAACACCUCCUUCGGCCUCUAAACCACUGACUUCGACACCUCGAUUCGCUCGGGACACCAAUGCGUCUCGGAAUGCUAGGGAACAACGUAUUGCCUCUAUGGCGAUAAGCUCGAAGAGCCGAGACACGAAUCCUCUAACGAGCUUAAAUUCAAACUGGAAGGCUCAAUCCACUUCACGAGUUCCCCCUGGGACGAUCACGCUGAGAAACCGAAAAACCAGACCGGUCAAAUCUACACCCAAACCUCAACUGAUUAAGCCUAUUGGGUCCGGGGUACCAGAAGCUAAAUCUGUAAGGGGCAUGCGCUAUAAUCCUACCACAUUUCUUUGGGAAGGAAACGAGAAUGUCGUGCAAGAUUUUGACGUUGCGCCCAAAUCACCCAAGCCGGCCCCGGCUCUUAUUAGCAACGUUGGCUCUUUGCAAAAUGUCCAAACCGUUGGUGGGAUGGUUUUUGACCCCCAUCGCAUGUGCUGGCUUCGAGCCUCGUCUCUUGAGCCCAGCGCUCGGGAUGGAGCCGUGGCUCCUGAUGAGGAUGAUGUUUUCGCGGGCCUUGAUGACUUGGAAGACAAGUUGGCUAGCGACACCAAUGGACGAGCCUUGGAUGUCUCCGAAGAGUUCAAUGGCCACGCCGCUAGGGACGAUCCCAGCGCCGGUGAAUCAUCGGAUGAGGGACCCAUGACAGAGGAAUUUGAUGUUGGACCGGAGUUCAUUCGACGACAGCGAGCCGAGGAAGAAAAGUGGAGACGCAAGGUUGACAGGUGGGUCGGCUUUGAUCGCGGCGUUCAUGAGCAUCACUGGCGGUGGGUCAUCCGAGAUCUCGUGGCCUUUGAUAGCGCUUGGGGAGGAGCGACCUAA